AUGCUCAAGUCUCUAAUAAGCAAGAGAUUUGCCUCUGGAGCGUACCACGGAGCGCCCCAAGUGUCGAUUCCUAAGAGACCGUUGAAAAAAAUCAAACUAGGGAAAGCCAGGCCAGCUAUCUACCAUAAAUUUGAUGUGCAAGUCGAGCUUAGCGAUGGAAGUGUGAUUACAAGAAGGUCUCAAUUUCCCAAAUCUCAAAUUCGGUUGAUUCAAGAUCAGAGAAACAAUCCAUUGUGGAAUGAGAGCAGAGACGAUCUGGUCGUGGUGGACGCCAAUGCUGGUGGAAGACUCGAUAAGUUCAAACAGAAGUAUGACCAGGUGUUCAAUUUCGAGAGCACGUCCUCUAAGCAGCCGGCUGCUGAGGCUAGGAAACCUGAGGAAGGAAAAACGGAAACGAAAACCAAAGAAGAUCAAGACGAGGACGAAUUCGGUAUGGACGACUACAUGUCUCUACUUGAUGACAGCGCUCAACAAGUCCAGAGUGGUGGUAAACUAGCCACUAAGAAGAGGGACAAGAAAUAG